AUGGAGACGAGGAGGUAUACCCAGAGACUGAACGUGGCCCUGAAGCCGGCGGUCCUGCUUGUGACUAUGGGGGUCUUGCUCAUAGAGUCUGGCGUCUGCUGUCCUCCAUCCUGCGACUGCCCGUCCCAUGACAACGCCACGCUGUGCAAACGCCGUCUUCUCAGCUUGGUCCCAUCAGAGAUCCCUCGCUCUUCCCACUUCCUGGACCUCAGCUAUAACCGAAUCCGGUCCGUCCAGCAUGGGACCUUUCUCCACCUCCAGGAUCUCCAGGAACUAGACCUGAGCCACAACCAGCUGACCCGUAUCGAGCCUGGAGCCUUUGACGGCCUGGCAAAGCUGCGUGUCCUGUUGGCGCACCAUAACCAACUCAAGCUUCUGCCUCCAGGGGUCUUCUUGGGUAUGCCGGGGCUGAACUGGUUAGACGUUAGAGCCAACCAGUUGGUCAUUUUGCUGGAUCAAACGUUCCGUGGCCUUCAGGAGCUGAGGCACCUGGAGGUGGGUGACAACCCUCUGUUGUUCAUAUCUCCUGCAGCCUUCAAGGGGAUGCCACUGCUGCAGAGACUGGGGUUGGAGAAGACCAAACUGGGCAGUGUUCCUUCUCAGGCUCUGGCUGCCCUGCCCCAACUUUCUGAACUUAGACUCGGUGGGGUGACCAGCACGGUUCUCCGUGAUCUCUCGUUUUCAGAUAUGCCAUCCUUGAGGGUCCUAGAUAUGGACUAUUGGCCUUCUCUUGCACACCUUGGAGCGCACAGUCUGACUAGUCUCAACCUUACAUCCCUAUCGUUGACCAACUGCAACCUAAGCUCGGUCCCUGAGGAAGCCCUGAGGUCUCAGGUCCACCUGCGCAGGUUGGACCUCUCCCAAAAUCCAAUUUCUUUCCUCACUGGAAAGGGUUUUAGUGCUCUGAAGAGGUUGGAGGUGUUACGGUUGUCUAGUGGAAGACUUGGCUCCAUUCCUUCCAAUGCUUUCCAAGGGCUGGACCAUCUCCGUAUGCUGGACCUUUCAGACAAUCCCAUUCGAUGGGUGGAAGACAAUGCCCUCCCACCCCCUGGUGUCCUGGAGACCUUGUUACUUUCUGAGACCAAUCUGUCCUGUGACUGCCGCCUCUGUUGGCUCCUUCAUCAUCAGAUCCAGUUUGGAGGAAGGCCGCCGGUGUGCUCAGCCCCCGACUCCUUGAAGGGGAUGGUCAUCCCAGACCACUCAGAACUACUAUGUCCAGAGUUCUUCACCUGUCAACCACCCAGGAUAACAGAACGAGGGCCACGGGAGUUGAGGGUGCAGGAGGGUGGCAGGUUGACUCUCAGCUGCCAGAGUCAUGGCGUUCCUGAACCCUUUAUGCUAUGGGUCCUACCACAAGUACCACAGUCCGUGGACAAUAAAUCCACACAGCUUGAAGCCCCAGACACAGAGCUCCCCCAACCGUCUACUGGUCCCGUAGAGGUGACCAAGUCAGCACAGUUGGUAGCAGACCCUCCAUCACUAUCAGAGAGAAUGGAGGGUCGAAUCACCACUCUACCAGAAGGCUCCCUCCAGUUUCUUCCCGUACGAAUGCAAGACGCCGGGGAUUACCUCUGCCUGGCCACCAACCUGGCAGGGAAUGACUCUGUCUGGAUUCACCUGGAGGUCAUUCCAUUCAAUGGCAGCGCCACAUUUACCGCCCUCCCCAUGCUUCACAGUCAUCUACUAGUUGUGAUCACGGCCGGGGGCAUCCUUCCCUUCAUCAGUUCCGUAACGCUCUGCUUCAUCUUCAUUUUCCUUUGGAGCCGUGGGCGCGGGAAUAUCAAACACACGGCCAAUAUAGAUUAUAUCCCCAGGACUUCUCGGGGAACUUCAUCGGCAGAGGACAAUAAAUUCACAAUGAAGCUCAUCUGA